CUCUGGGACAUUUGGAUACGUGGAGAAGCUGUUUUUGUCUCCUUGGCCAAGAUGAUCAGUCUCUGGAAUAAGCAGAGCCCGCCCCGACCGAGGGAAGUAUGUUCCGGUUAAUGAGGGAUGGCGAGCCAGAGGAUCCCCUGUUUGCCAUGGACCCUUUUGCUAUCCACCGGCAGCACAUGAAUCGCAUGCUUUCUGGAAGUUUUGGAUUUGGCCCGCUGCUUGGCAUCACCGAUGGGACCACACCUGGGGCUCGCCAGCCUGGUCGUAGAAUGCAGGCAGGAGCUGUCUCACCCUUUGGAAUGCUGGGCAUGACAGGUGGCUUCAUAGAUAUGUUUGGAAUGAUGAACGACAUGAUUGGAAACAUGGAGCAUAUGACAAGUGGUGCCAACUGCCAGACAUUUACCUCGUCAACUGUCAUCUCCUAUUCCAACCUGGGCGAUGGACCCAAAGUCUAUCAAGAGACCUCGGAGAUGCGUUCGGCACCUGGCGGGAUCCGUGAGACUAGACGGACUGUAAGGGAUUCAGACAGCGGCCUGGAACAAAUGUCUAUUGGACACCACAUCAGAGAGCGAGCCCACAUCAUGCAGCGAUCCCGGAACCAUCGUACAGGUGACCAGGAGGAGAGGCAGGACUACAUCAAUAUGGAUGAAAGUGAUGCAGCUGCAUUUGAUGACGAGUGGAGGCGAGAGACAUCUCGUUUCCGGCCGCAGAGGGGGCUGGAUUAUCGACGUCAUGAAGGCGGUAAUGGCCGCCGGGCUGAGGGGACUCGUCUUGCAAUCCAGGGCCCUGAGGAUUCUCCCUCCAGACAGUCCCGUCGGUAUGACUGGUGAACGCAGAGCAGACUUUGUAGGGGGUGCAGUGUUGUCACCCCCAAAUCUACCUACACGCUCUUGUAAGUCUUAACAAGUUUUUCUCAUCUUCCACUGUGUGGUUGCCUCUUAGCCAUAUGAUUUUUCUUUUCCUUGCCCGGUCUUGGCUGGAAAUUGGUUUUCCCACUUAAUCUGGAGAGCAGAGGAAGAUGGGUGUUUUGAGUGGGGAAAGUGGAAGCUGUUCAAGUUAGCUUUGUCUUCAAGAAAAAAGUGUGGCGUGAGCCUUAAAUGAUAGUUGAAAUAGUGUGAAAUGAUGUGGGAAUCACAAUCUCUAGAGACAAGCAGCUAAUGUUUAUAUUGUCACUGUAUGGAACUUAGAGCCCCUUUAUAGUCAGUCCAUCUACUUUUAGAGAUGGAAUCCAGCUGAGUUUUGGCAAGGCAGAUAAGUGCUGGUGUCUGCUCUCUUGUGUUUUGAAUGGGGUUCACUAGGAUGUGAUCUAGUGCUUGGAACGGGGGAUUUGUUUUUAUUCUUUCAACAUCAAGUUUACACUUGUCUUUAUCUACCUUCUGUGCUGCUUUCUAAUCACCACUCUUUUUAUAUUCUCACUUUGUUUCCCUCGCUCCCAGGUACAGACAGUGAAACUCUGAAGCCCCUGCAAAGCACCACUUGGACCUUCCUCAAAUUUAAUAUUAACCUCCCCCUCCACCCUUAAGAGUCUGAAACAAAGCAACUAAUCUUCUGCAUUGCUCUUCUUGCCCCAUUUGGGUGCUACAGUAGGGCAUGGAGAAUCUCACUGACGUGCAAGGAACGCAUUCAUUGCCCAUCCCCUUUCUGCUCUCCCUUGGUUCUGUUCUUUCUGCCAUUAGUGGUGGGCAUGAGGAGCUGCUGCCUUGCCUCUUCCAUCCUUUCCACUUUUUCUGUGCUGGGUUGGGCUGGUUCUGAAGUUUGUAUUUAGUCCCCUGUGAAACAAAAGAGGAAAUUCUGCUAGAACCCUGUGUUAGUCCCCUCACUGGGAUAAAAGCUUCUAUUCCCCUCCAGCUCUUUGGUGCAGCUAUGGAGAAGCAGAAGGAUGUGUAUGAUAGGGAAGGGAGGAGCAGAACAAAAGCUGGACCAGCCUGUUGUCCCCCUGGCCCCUAUUCAGACAGCUCCCCUACUUUUUUAAUUUGUGAAACUUGUAACUAGAUGUUUACUGAAUAAAGAAACAAACUGUAAAGAA